AUGUGUAAAAAGGUUUUCAACACCAGACCUGAGCUUCACAUCAACACAUUCAUAUGUGAGAUGGCUGAUCAGUUCAGACGGUCAGCUGUAAUGAAAAGCAGCUGCUCAGAGCAACAACAAGCUACGAAAGAAGACGUUCUUUGUGACGUCUGCACUGAAACCAAACUGAAGGCUGUGAAGUCCUGCCUGUUGUGUCUGACCUCCUACUGUGAGACUCACCUGGACCUUCACCAGAAAAUCACAGUUAUGACCAGACAUAAGCUGAUUGAUCCUGUGAAGAACCUGGAAGACAGAAUGUGUAAGAAGCAUGAUCGACCUCUGGAGCUGUUCUGCAAGACUGAUCAGAUGUGUGUGUGUCUUUCCUGUGCUGAGACAGAUCACAAGCUCCAUCACAUUGUUACUCUGAUAGAAGAAUGUGAAGGGAAGAAAGCUGAGCUGAUAAAGACAGAGUGUGAAGUUCCACAGAUAAUCCAGGAGAGACGACUGAAGAUUCAGCAGAUCAAACAGUCAGUGAAGCUCAGCAAGGAAGAUGCAGACAGAGAGACAGCAGCCAGUGUGCAGGUCUACAAUGAUCUGAUAAAGUAUGUUGAGAGAAGUCUGGCUGAACUUAUUGAGAUGAUUGAAGAGAAACAGAAAACAGCAGAGAAACAGGCUGAAGGCUUCAUAAAAGAACUGGAAGAAGAAAUCUCUGAGCUGAUGAAGAGAAGUGCUGAAGUGGAGCAGUUCUCACACAAUGAAGACCACCUCCAGCUCCUCCAAAGCUUCCCAUCCCUGACCCCUACUCCACCCAGCAAAGACUGGACAAAGGUCAGAGUUCACUCAUCAUUUAAAGAGACUGUGAGGAGAGCUGUUAAUCAGCUAGGGAAGACACUCUCUACAAGGAUGAAGAACAUGUGUGCUGCUGUUGUGCUGAAAAAGAUCCAGCAGUAUGCAGUGGAUGUGACUCUUGAUCCUGAUACAGCACAUCCUAAUCUCAUCCUGUCUGAUGAUGGGAAACAAGUCAGUCAUUGUGAUGUAAAACAGAAUCUUCCAGACAACCCAGAAAGAUGUUUUCCUGGUUUGGCCGUCUUAGGAAAGCAAAGUUUCUGUUCAGGAAGAUUUUAUUAUGAGGUUCAAGUUAAAGACAAGACUGACUGGACUUUAGGAGUGUUAAGACGGUCGAUUAACAGGAAGAGACUUGACAACCUGUGCCCUGCAAAUGGCUACUGGACUAUAACUUUGAGAAAUGGAUGUGACUAUGCAGCUUUAGAAGAUAACCAGGUUCCUCUCUCUCUGAAGUCAAAGCCUCAGAAGGUGGGGUUGUUUGUGGAUUUUGAAGAGGGUCUGGUCUCUUUCUACAAUGUAGAUGCUGCAGCUCUUAUCUACUCCUUUACAAGAUGUAAAUUAAUGGAAGAACUCUGCCUGCUCUUUGGUCCUCGUACUAAUGAUGGUGGUAAAAACUCCGCCCCCCUGAUCAUCUCUCCUGUCAAUCACACUGAUUAGAUGAGACAAGAAGAGUAUAUUUGUAUUGCACCUUUCAAUAACAAGGUAAUACAUGAUAAAUAAAAAAUCAUUAGACUAAUCAUUUAGUUUUCAAGAAAGAUUCACUGACAUGAUGAUUAACGUAGUUAUUGCUUGCUGUAUUAUGUACAUUUUUUUAUGUCUGUACAAAUCUGUAUUUAUUUAUUUAUUUAUUUUUUCUGUAAAAAAUUAAAACACAGCGUUGAUUGAAUGAGCUGUUUUUCAAAAAUCACUGUUGAUCAUGAAAGCAACAAAUAAAAAGGGUUUAGAUUUUAACAUGUUUUAUGACUAAU